AUGCUCAGCCACUACGAGCCGCUCGAGACGCUGGCGCCUGCGCUGUUCGGCCACGUGCAAAAGUGGCGACACGUAUCGACCGGCGACUACGUGGCGGUCAAGCGCAUGGAGCUGCGCUACGCUGCUCGGAAACGCUGCAAGCGCUUGGACCACGUGGUCGAAGAGGAUCUCGUUGCGGAGAUCAAGACGAAUGUGCUCCUCCAGUCGCUCGGUGGCCACCCGAACGUGCUGCCGUUGCUCGACUGCAUCAUGGAGGACACGGCCGUGCUGCUCGUGCUCCAGUACUGCCACCAAGGCGAGCUCCUGGACGUGCUCAACACGAAGCGAGCGGCUGGGCUGCCGAUUCCAGUGCGCCACUACUUUCGACAGACGCUCGCUGGCGCGGCUUUUCUCCAUGCACAGGGAAUUGCACACCGAGAUUUGUCGCUCGAGAACGUCUUGGUGGACGACCGCGAGUGCUGCUACCUCAUGGACUUUGGCUUGGCGGUCCAGUGUCGAGGGACGAUUGCUGUGAAACCGGUGGGGAAGCUGCGGUACAUGGCUCCCGAAGUGUGUGCCUCGUUUGCCUAUCUAGAGGAUCUGUCAAUGGACGAGUACGAUCCACUGGGAGCAGACGUGUGGGCACUUGGGGUGAUGUUGUACGCGAUGGUAGCAGCUCGGUAUCCAUUCCGGGAACCACUGCGAAAAGACGAUCGAUUUCGGCUACUGGAAGACUUUGGAGUCGAGUAUCUGCUGGAGAAGGACGAGGUGGAUGUACGGGAGGAGCAGGACGUGGUGGACCUACUGAAGCUCAUGCUGGUCGUCGAUCCAGCUAAGCGUCCGACAAUGGCCGAGCUCUUGUCACACGUGGCAAAGACGACCGAGGACCGUGACAGUAUUGUGGCGACCACACAGCAGAUGGGCGACGGUGGUGACGUCGUGUCCUGUACCUCCACAGCUGUUCCGAGCAGCCAAGAGCCUCGACAGCAUAUGUGGUCGGUUGGCCACUUGACUACUAGUAAGAGUUCGCUGGCGUCGGUGACCCCGUUGUCCGAGGUGGAAAAGCACAAGCAAGCUCUCGCAGCUCCGAGCACUAAGGCACCAGUGGUGGCACCGACGCCUGUUGCUAGCAACGUCGGGUCGAAGCUCCAUCGCGUGGGCGGCCGCUUGUUGCGCAAGUGUUUUCCAGCAGCUCGGGCGUAA